UGGAGCGGGAGCGCUGAGGUGUCGGCCGGCGGGGCUGCGGCCGGGUGCGGGGGGCGGGUGCGUUGGUCAUGUUUACCUUCGGGCCCGGUAGUCCCGAAGGGGAUGGGACGGCCGGAACCGGGGCUGAGGCGCCGGCACCCCGUGCGGGGCAGGCGGCAGCCGCCGGGCCGCUCCUUUCCGCGUCCGCGCCGCCGCAGCCCGGGGCUGACGCAGCCCCUCCCCCGUCGCCCUCCCGGAGCCCUCGUCGCCCCGGCGCCCCCUCGCUGCCCCUGGUCGCGCGCGCCGGGGAGCUCAGGCCGCCCGGAGCUCUAGACUCCUUAGCCGCUUCCGCUCAGGGAGAGCCGUCACCGCCCUCCCCGCCGCGCCGGCGACCCGGGCCAGACUGCAGGGCGGGGAGCCGGGGCCGCCACGGCCUCGGCGCCGGCCUGGGCGGCCCCGGCGCCCGGCUGUUCGGGUGGCUGAGAGAGCGCAGCCUGGGCCGCGGGCUGUUCGUGGACCCGGCGCGGGACAAUUUCCGCACCAUGACUAACCUGUAUGGUUCCAUCCAUCCCGCGGACUCGGUGUAUCUCAGCACCCGCACCCACGGCGCGGUCUUCAACCUCGAGUACUCGCCCGACGGGUCAGUGCUGACUGUUGCUUGUGAACAGACUGAAGUUCUGCUUUUUGACCCUAUAUCUUCAAAGCACAUAAAAACACUUUCUGAAGCUCAUGAAGAUUGUGUAAAUAAUAUCAGAUUUCUUGAUAACCGGCUGUUUGCUACCUGCUCUGAUGACACUACAAUAGCACUAUGGGAUCUGAGAAAACUGAACACCAAAGUAUGCACUUUACAUGGUCACACUAGCUGGGUGAAGAACAUCGAAUAUGAUACUAAUACAAGACUCUUAGUAACAUCAGGAUUUGAUGGAAAUGUCAUUAUUUGGGACACCAACAGGUGUACAGAAGAUGGGUGUCCACAUAAGAAAUUCUUUCACACACGUUUUCUCAUGCGCAUGAGAUUAACACCAGAUUGUUCCAAAAUGUUGAUCUCCACGUCCUCUGGAUAUCUUUUGAUUUUGCAUGAUCUUGACUUAACCAAGUCUUUAGAAGUAGGCAGCUAUCCCAUUUUGAGAGCAAGAAGAACUACAUCAAGUUCAGAUCUGACUACUUCAUCAAGUUCAUCUGGUCCUCGAGUUUCUGGUUCACCUUGUCAUCCCAGUGAUUCUAACUCAUCUUCUGAGAAACACAUGUCACGAGCAUCACAAAGAGAAGGAGUUUCACCACGAAAUAGUCUUGAAGUCUUAACUCCUGAAGUUCCUGGUGAGAGAGACCGUGGAAACUGCAUCACGUCCUUACAGCUGCACCCAAAAGGCUGGGCCGCUCUCCUUCGGUGCUCAAGCAACACCGAUGAUCAGGAGUGGACUUGUGUCUAUGAAUUCCAAGAAGGAGCUCCCGUGCGACCUGUCUCACCUCGCUGUUCUCUACGAUUAACUCAUUACAUUGAAGAAGCCAAUGUAGGCAGGGGUUAUAUCAAAGAACUUUGCUUCAGCCCUGAUGGGCGAAUGAUCUCUUCCCCACAUGGCUACGGGAUUCGCUUGUUGGGAUUUGACAAACAGUGCAGUGAACUUAUAGACUGUUUGCCCAAAGAAGCCAGUCCUCUGCGGGUGAUCCGUUCUCUGUACUCUCAUAAUGAUGUGGUACUGACAACAAAGUUCUCUCCAACACAUUGUCAGAUUGCCUCAGGGUGCCUUAGUGGACGGGUUUCUUUGUAUCAGCCAAAGUUUUAGGCACAACUUAACAUCAAAUAAGGAACUCUUCUGGUGUUUGACUUAAAAAUUACUUCAAUUUAGGUGAAGUAUUUCCUUUUUAGAAGAUCUUAAAAGUUUGGGUCAAGAUCCCAGUUCUUAUGGGUCCACGAACACACCUGUGACCUGAGGACUUGGCCGUCCGGCAUCAUAGGAGCCUCACCAAGUUAGAGUCGACGCAGCAGCAGUUUUUGCCGCAUUCCUCUGCUCCUGCUCAUCUGUGCCACCGGAACUUCAGUUCUUCUGGUUAUUUUGCAUGGUAGCUCUUGUCAAGUUUCUUUUCUUCUUUUUUGAUUUCAGUGUGAAUUUUGUGGACGUCUGGCAGGAGUUUUGGCUGGGUUAGGAGAAACCCGUGACACUGGUACUAAAUAAAACCCAGAAGUUCGAUGGCAACAUACUGGUCAUUGUAAAAGAAAUUUCAUCUUCACUUAUCAGUAUACCUGGCCUUUUAAAGUUGCUGUUACGUUUCUCUAUGAUGAGCACAGUUAAUGGCAUUAUUCUCAUAACUGUCGGUCUUACAACAAAAAUGUCUUUUAAGUUUCCUGUUAAAAUUAUACGUAUUUUUUCACCGUGAGGGGAAUUUUCUUGUAAAACUCUAGAAAAAAUAAUUACCACCUCUCUUUGUAAUUUACUUGUAUGAAUUUAAAAA